AUGUUGAGCACAUGUACGAAGUCGGAGCAGAAGUGGCUUCAAUGUGUUGAUCAAUUGAAUGAUUUGAGAAUAACAAAUUAUGUAAGAUUGUCUGGAUUCCAACCAUCAGUUCGUCUGUUUCAAACACCGUUAAACUACGGACUUCUCGAUAUACAAAUUCCAUUUACAAUAAAUAGUGAGAAUCAUAUGAAUGAUAUGUUGAAUGAACGUUAUGUUUUGUCGAAUAGUAGUGAUGUAAUUCCAAUGUCUAACGUGAAGUCAAGUGUGAAAAUGAGAAAGCGCAAUGUGCAUCAUCCGAAGUAUUUCAAUGUGAAAGAAGCACUUCAUGCUAUUGAAGUAGGGUUAUCUGAUCACGCUUUACGUUUUUUUGAUUGGUGA